AUGAAACUAUUUCUUGUUUUGGCAGCACUCUUGGGCGCAGUUAGUGCUCUGCCCAUUGAGGAGCGCAUCAAUGGCGAGAAUGGUUGGUACAUUCCCCACAUAGAUGGCACCAGCGAGUGGAUGGAUCUUGAGGAAGGUGAGCGACUCCGGGAGAACGGCGAGCUGAUGGAAGGACGCAUUAGCACCAAUGCUGUCAACUUCUACCUGUACACCAAGUCCAAUCCCACAAGCAGUCAGUCGAUUAGCUCAUCGGGCUCCUCUGUCUCUGAUUCCCACUUCAACAAGGAUCAUCCUACUCGCUUUGUGAUUCACGGCUGGACUCAGAGCCACUCUGACUCGAUGAACACCGAAAUCACUAAGGCCUGGCUGUCCCGAGGUGACUACAAUGUCAUCAUUGUCGACUGGGCCCGCGCUCGCUCUGUGGAUUAUGCUUCUUCUGUGCUGGCUGUGCCCGGAGCUGGGGCCAAAGUUGGUGACAUGAUCAAGUAUCUGAACGAACAUCACGGCAUGUCUCUGGAUACCCUAUAUGUUAUUGGCCACAGCUUGGGUGCCCAAGUUUCUGGUUAUGCUGGCAAGACCGUUGGCGAGGGUAGAAUUCACACUAUCAUUGGUCUGGAUCCCGCUCUACCCCUUUUCAGCUAUGACAAGCCCGCCAAGCGUUUGUCCUCCGAUGAUGCUCAUUACGUGGAGUCCAUUCAGACCAACGGUGGCAAGCUGGGUUUCCUUAAGCCCAUUGGCAAGGGUGCUUUCUAUCCCAACGGUGGCGAGAAGCAACCUGGUUGUGGCGUCGAUCUCACUGGCUCUUGCUCCCACGGACGCUCUGUGACCUACUACGUUGAGGCUGUCACCGAGGAUAACUUCGGAACCAUCAAGUGCGGCAACUACGAGGAUGCCGUGGCCAAGUCUUGCGGCAGCACCUACAGCAGUGCUCGCAUGGGCGCUGAUACCAAUGCCUACAUGGUUGAUGGCGACUACUAUGUUCCCGUGAACAGCGCAGCUCCCUUCGGCAACAUUCACUAGACACCAGUAAAUACUCAGUAAUAUAUGCAACUUUCUUGGAAUCAC